AUGUCCGACAACUCGACCACUGGUCAGCGGAAUUACACCAGAGCUGACCUGGAAGCCGUCAACGAUGAACGAGCUAGGACGCUGAUUCCAGCGAUGACCAUUCUGGCAAUAAUGAUGUUGGUGGGUAUCGUGGGCAACGGUCUGGUGUGUUAUGUCUUCUGUUGUCGACUCAAGCCUGGGACUCAAAACUUUCUGAUCGUGUGUCUGGCCGUGCUGGAUCUGCUCAGUUGUAUCGUCGGCAUGCCCAAUGAGAUUGCUGAUAUGAGGUUCUACUACAUCUUUGAGUCUGUAGGUUCCUGCAAGAUUAUGAGGUUCAUCAACACGUUCUGUGCUAUCGGCUCCAUCUUCACCUUGGUGGUUAUCGCUGUCGACCGCUACAGGAAGAUCUGCAGACCGCUUCAUGGACAACUACAGAUGGUCCACGUCCGCCUGUCACUGAUCCCGGUGUUUGGUGGCGCUCUGCUCUUUGGCUGGCCGGCGUUCUUUAUGUACGGGCUUCGAACUACAGAAACCGACAUUCCCGGACUCUUUGGCCAAGACUGCUCCACUCCAGACAACAUCAGCGAGACCGUGUUUCCGCUUCUGUACAACUGCAUCCUGUUUCUUUGUUUCAUCGUUCUGACAAUCUCCAUUGUGGUUAUCUACACUCUGGUGCUCAGAGAGACAAAACGACACAGUCGGUACCUCAAAAGAAAUUCAGAUUUCAACAUUCCUUCCUCGGGCUUUUACAACUCAGAAGAAUCGUACUCAAGUGGAGAAGCUAACCCAGUAGACCCCACGCCUGCUGGUCCGCACAAUUCUGCUGAGACAACAAGACCAACAGUUCAGAUCGAGCCUGGCCCUGUUUCACCUGUAGCCAAAAUAACGCAAACUCCAGCAGUGUACCCACAGCUUAUAAAAGUAACAGCGUUAUUAGAGUCAGCUAGCAAUGAACCAGAAAUGUGGGAUUCACAGUCACAAGCAACCGUGACCGGUGCACUAACUGGUUGUGAUGACACAAACAACACACCACUCUACCCCACACAUUCAGCUUUACCAUCGACAUCAGAUGACAUCCAGUUAGCGCCCAACUCUUCCCCGAUCAUCAAACGAUCUAGUUUAGUGUCCAGCAAUGGAAGUCGCAAGAAAGGUUCUCGUGUAGUUUUGUUUAGUGACAGUCAGAAGAACAGUAUAAAAAUACGUAGACGACUCAAAAGUAAGACUACAGCGAUUGCCUUUACGGUGAGUGUGGUGUUUAUCAUCAGUUUUCUUCCUCAUCUGUGUCUUCAAGUAACCAAGUUUCUAGUGAAAGGGUUCGACACCCAUCUCGAGGGUUCGGCGUUAGUGGCCUACAACUUGUUCCUCCGGUCCUACUUCAUCAACUCAGUCUCCAAUCCUUUCAUUUAUGGAGCUCUCAAUGUUCACUUCAGUCGAGAAGUCAAAGAUUUGAUCAAGAAAAUAAUUACCAAGUCCUGA